CGGCGGGCCAGGGAAGGGUCGGGGAGGUCGGGAGCGCGCCCGUGAGCCCGGAGCAGCGGCGGCGUCGGUGGCGUCGGGAGCGAGCGGGCCCGGGAGCGGCGCGGGAGGUGGAGGAGGAGCCCGGGGCUCGAUUCUCUAACCAUGGCACAGGUAGAGAAACGGGGAGGUUUGCUCCGAAAAUCUUCAGCCUCCAAAAAACCACUGAAGGAAAAAGUGGUGCUGAUGUAUGAUGAGAUCUUCAUGACAGAGGAUCCCAGUAAGUGCAGUCCUCGGUUUUGGGAGGAGCUUUUCCUCAUGAAGGUGAACUUGGAGUACCUAGAGGGCAAGCUGGAGUCUCUUGAUGGUGAGGAGUUAAUGAAGAUCAAAGAUAAUAUUAAUUGCCUAUUUCAGCACUGCAUCCAGGCCUUGGGAGAGGAGCAUCCAAUUCGAGUCGUCAAUGCACUGCAGACGCUGUGUGCACUCAUUCGAGGUGUCCAUCAAAAGAAUAAAUCUACCUCUGGGUUCGACAUUAUCAACAUGCUGAUGGGCUUUGACAAAGCGGAGCUGUGCAUGAAGAAUUUAAUGGAGAGUUUGGACUCGUUGCUCUGUGCAGAAGGUUCUGAAAGUCUGAAGAGUUUAUGUCUGAAACUGCUCCUUUGCUUGGUGACUGUGACAGAUAACAUCAGCCAGAAUACUAUCCUGGAAUACGUAAUGAUCAACAGCAUAUUUGAAGCAAUUUUGCAGAUACUCUCCCACCCCCCAAGUCGUAGGGAGCAUGGAUAUGAUGCUGUCGUCCUCUUGGCUUUGCUGGUGAACUACAGAAAAUAUGAGUCUGUGAAUCCUUAUAUUGUGAAGCUGUCUAUUGUAGAUGAUGAGGCCACCCUCAAUGGAAUGGGGCUUGUAAUCGCCCAGGCCUUAUCUGAGUAUAACAGGCAAUAUAAAGACAAGGAAGAAGAACACCAGAGUGGUUUUUUCUCUGCUUUAACCAAUAUGGUGGGCAGCAUGUUCAUAGCAGAUGCCCAUGAGAAAAUCUCAGUACAAACCAACGAGGCCAUUCUUCUGGCACUUUAUGAAGCUGUUCAUUUAAAUCGCAACUUCAUCACGGUCUUAGCUCAGAGUCAUCCAGAAAUGGGCUUGGUGACGACUCCUGUCAGUCCUGCGCCAACAACCCCAGCCACACCACUUGGGACCACACCGCCCUCCUCUGACGUUAUAAGUUCGGUGGAACUCCCACUGGAUGCAGAUGUGCAGACCAGUAACCUGCUGAUCACCUUCUUAAAGUAUAGUUCAAUUGUCAUGCAGGACACCAAAGAUGAACACAGACUUCACAGUGGCAAACUUUGUUUGAUUAUCCUUACUUGUAUUGCAGAGGAUCAGUAUGCCAAUGCAUUUUUGCAUGAUGACAACAUGAAUUUUCGAGUAAACUUGCAUAGAAUGCCGAUGAGACACAGGAAGAAGGCGGCAGACAAGAACCUUCCUUGCCGUCCUCUUGUAUGUGCAGUACUGGAUUUGAUGGUAGAGUUUAUUGUAACACACAUGAUGAAGGAGUUUCCUAUGGAUCUCUAUGUACGCUGUAUUCAGGUGGUGCAUAAACUGCUUUGCUACCAGAAGAAGUGUCGAGUACGCCUGCAUUAUACCUGGCGGGAACUCUGGUCAGCCUUGAUAAAUUUGCUGAAGUUCCUUAUGUCAAACGAGACUGUACUUUUGGCCAAACACAACAUUUUUACAUUAGCCCUUAUGAUCGUGAACCUAUUUAAUAUGUUUAUCACAUAUGGCGACACAUUCCUGCCAACCCCCAGCAGCUAUGAUGAGCUUUACUAUGAGAUUAUCCGCAUGCACCAGAGCUUUGACAACCUCUACUCCAUGGUCCUGAGGCUUUCUACGAAUGCGGGCCAGUGGAAGGAAGCAGCUAGCAAGGUGACCCAUGCAUUGGUUAAUAUCAGAGCCAUCAUCAACCACUUCAACCCCAAAAUUGAGUCCUAUGCUGCUGUGAAUCACAUAUCCCAACUGUCAGAGGAGCAGGUGCUGGAGGUGGUACGAGCCAACUAUGACACGCUCACACUGAAGCUGCAGGACGGCCUGGACCAGUAUGAGCGCUACUCCGAGCAGCACAAGGAAGCUGCCUUCUUCAAAGAGCUGGUUCGGUCUAUUAGCACCAACGUCCGGAGAAACCUGGCCUUCCACACUCUCAGCCAGGAAGUCCUGCUCAAGGAGUUCUCCACUAUCUCCUGAGGCCACGCCUACCCAAGCUGCCACUGACCACCCUUACCCUCGAGGCUCCUGGGCUGGAGGGGGAGCGAGGGGAGAGGGGACUGUCCCCCAAGGUUGGAGAGAAACACAGAUUCUGAGUUCUCUUGGUAAAGGCCACACUUCAGUGGAGCUUAGACAGCAGGGGCGGGGCCAAGAGGGCAAGCCAGGGAUCGUCUUAUUUGGGGAGGACUGGGUGGGCACACAGUGGGGCACCUUCCAGGGUGGCUCCCUGGACAGCCGCUCACAUUUCCAGUGACGAUCGUGGUUGUGGCUCCGACUCAUUUUCAGGAGCUGGUGGUGUAGACCUCAGGGUGAUGCAGGCACCCUGGCUUUCCUUGGCUUCUCAGAACAGAUCGCCCUCACAUGCAGCGGGAGCCACCUUCUGCUUCCUUCGGGACUGGGGCUGAGCCGAGCCUGAAAUCUGUGUCCCCUUCCCCCACUGGUGCUCUGACCAGUCAUUGGGACCCUUAGCUCAGGCUCAAGGUGGAAUUGGACUGGGGUACCUUUUCCCCAUUUUAUAAAUUCAGGGUUAACUCCUCUGGAAAACUGGCAGUUAGACUCUGCCCAGUGCUCUGCUGUCCGGCCACCACUUUCUUUAGUUUUGGCACUAGGAGUACUCGUGAGCUUUCCCGCCAUCCCACCCGUCAACUCUGCCUCAGUGAGGUCACAACCUUAGCUUCUCAUUUCUAAUCUGGUGUAAGCUGUCUUUAGGGUGUGUGUGAAAUAAACAUUGACAGGUUUUCUGGAGCCCUCAAGAUGCCUACUUUGCUGGUUCCCUGGUUUCCAGCAGCUUCCUCACCUCCUCCUCUGGGAGCCUCUCCUGCCUCGUAUGAGCUCCCCUCACGUGUCCCACCCCCUCACCCUGCUGUUGUUUACAUCAGCCAGCCUGAGAAUUUCCUCUGGGGAGGGAUCUGUUCCUGCUCUGGUCUGGUACCAGCCCAGGAGGGGGAUAACCUGCUAGGGGCAGGGUGCACUCCCUCUGAGAGGCCAGGCCAGCCUGUCUGCCCGUGUUGUGGCUGGGGUCACGGGCAAGUCUCCUGACUGGGAAGCCGGCCGUUGUUCCUCCUUCGGACGGCCUCCCUGGGACCGCUGCAGGUUUUCCUUCCCCACAGCUGUGUCUGAAAUAGCUGCUGCUCUGAGAGCCUCCCUUUCUAAAGCACUUUCUAAAGCCCUGGGGAUGGCUGGGAGCAAGCAGCACCGGAAGAAUCCAAGUGGAGGAGUCUAGGAUGAGAGCAGAUCCAGGGCCCCCCAGCUGUUACCUGUUUAACCUCACAUCUCUUCGGGGUCCUCGCCCUCCCUGGGAACCAGAGUUCUGGCUCCAACAUCGAGCAGAGACUCACCACAGGCUGCCAGGUGCAGGUGUCGUUCUGGAGCGCUCACAGGCAGGGUCGUCUUUGAUCACUGGAUGGGUCAGCUCAGCCUGGGGCAUUCUGUCUUCCAUGGUGAUGAACCCAUGGAUGUGGAGCUGUUGGCAAGUUGACGGUAUUAAAAAUUGAUUUGUGUGGGACAGUC